AUGUCCUCAACUUCUACCAGCUCACCUUCCCAUAUGUCGUCCCCUUUGUGCCCCUCCACUACUUCUCCCAACGAAAUGUUCCAUGUUCUCGAUUAUUCUCCCCAUGAGGGCGAAAAAGGUGUCCCUAUAACAGUCCGCAUCCAUUUCAAUCAAGGUUCUUCACAUUCUAUCUUCGUUCGUCUCGUCGUAGGUUCCAAAGCAGUAGCCACAACGGUUAGGGAGCUCCCAAAUAUCAACUACGGGAGGUGGCAGCUCGACGCUACUAUCCCUUCUUUGGACCCCUCCAAUCUAUCGGACAAAGUCUUGCUCACAGUUCAGGCUUUGGACGAGCACAAUCAGCUCCUCCAUUCAGCCACCUUUGGUGACUUUUCGUACUGGUUAUCUGACCGCUCAAAAACAAGUUGUCCCUCUCCCAAGUCAGAACCAGUCGAUGGUAACAGCGGGCAUAGGCGGCAGGCUUCGUUGGACUUGGUUCACGCAAACUCUCCCCCGUUCUCAGAUUCACCUGCUCUCCGUCGCCGCGCAGCAACCACUUCCGGUGCUCGCCCAGUCAUUCCAGCGGUGAGCACCCCUGCUCAUUUUGUCGCCCUUCAGAAAUCUCGCCCACUUAAAGGCGCACCUCGCCGUAUCAGGGCAAACUCCCUCAUGCGCUCAAAAUUCGCUUCUUCCAAAGACAUUGGCGAGGAUCUAUACCCUCAGACCCCAAUCCUUGAGCUCCUGACCCCGCUCGGCUCCAUGUGUCUCAACUGGGACCCUUCAGAGGUCCGUGCUGGCCGUCGUCUCGUUCGCUUCCAGAAAGUCCAGGAUGGUCGCAAACUCAUGGUCUCCUGCCAGUCCAUCAGACAAGAAGACUACCAGGAUAAUGAUAGUGUCAUCUCGUGCAUCUACAGAGGUGACACCGAUUCGCACUAUGUCACGUCCGUGGAUGUUCUCUACCUCUUGGAGCGACUCACAAACGACGAGUUUCCCGUGGAAGAGAAGAACAGGUUGAGGCGUAACUUGGAGGGUUUGAGGCCCACAACUGUGUCCAAGCACAAGGCAGGUUUCGAGUCAUUUUUCCAGCGCAUCAUGAAAUUCCCGGACCCAAAACCAAGGAAUAUCGAGAAGGACCUCAAGGUUUUUGAAUGGUCCCUUCUUGGUCAGGCCCUAGAGAAGGUUCUCUCGAAAUAUUCCGUAUACAUCCAAUCUUCCCCAACCGAUUCUUCUGCCUCUCUGCCUUCCGAACCCAAUGAUGAUUAUCCACCUUAUGACGAUCACGUCGGCCAUCAUCCCGCAUCUCAUGGCCUGCCUAAAUCAGCACAGACUGCGCCCUUGAUCCCGAAAUUUGAGCCGUCUUUCGAUGAUCGUUCGAUCUUGCUGUUGUCGACACAGGACGGCAGUGAAGUAUGUGUCCCGCACCACCCCGAACAUGCCUAUGAUACUCUUCAGCAUUACCCAUUAUACCCCUCCGACCCGACGCCCAUAUCGGACCGCGGUUCUACUCAUGGGGAGGCCUCGUCUUUCAACAACUGGGCCGAAAAUGGAACUGGCGAUAUGGGUUUGGAGGACUACCCUACAUUGGCGGCCUUCCAUCUAGCGGAGCCCUCUGAUAGCUCUGCAGGGCGCGGCAUGCAAAACAGUCAUACAGAUUACCAGUAUAACUAUUCCACGGAUUCGCUUCAAUACCCAAGAGAAACAUCCUUACCUUCAACGCUUCCUCCUUUCUACGCAGACUAA